AUUUCUGUGGGGCCCACGUGAAAGCAUUUCUUUAGUCCAAAAUCAAUCCCGCAAUGUUGUUUUCUUGCUCUUCGCCGCCGCCGGCGGGUGUCCGCCGUGUCUUGGCCUCUCCCGCGGCCCGCGGACACCGCAGCCAUAGGGACGAACUCGCCGCUGCCGCUUCGCUCGUUCCAGGCCGCCGUCCCCCGCGCUGCCGCGUCGCUUGUCGUCCCGGGAAGCGCCGGUCUCGUCCAGCUCUGUCGCUCGCGCCUCGGGACCGCUCCGUGCGGCGGUCGCCAUCGCCGGCGUUGAAGCACCGACGCGCUGCGCAGCCCAGUUCCAUCAUACAGCGGAAGCCGCCGGUGUUGGCAAGGCUGUCCGGCCACGCGUGCCCAUGGCGAGCGCAGGACCCGCCGCCUCCUCACCUCCGGAGGCUUCUUCUUCCGCCGGCGUCGGCGGCCGGCUUCUCCUCCCCCAUGCUGGAAGCCGCUCAUGGCCGCUGGAGCCAGAGCUGCACCGCCAGACGCCGUUGAGCUGAGGUCUCCGGCGAACGCGGGAUGCCAUUCGACCACUCGUCACCGCGGUGGUCGCAGGGGCCGCCGCCACUCGCAUCCGGUGAGCUUCUGCUGCCGGCGCUGGGCUCUUCCGCGAAGCCGAAUAGAAAAGAAGAAACGAGAGACAGGAGGGAGAGAGGACGCGUCAGUGGGCCCAACGAGCACCUCGUAUUCCGUCCGAGCUAAGGGUGGAAAGAGAUAGCUUCUUCCAUCUCCUCCACGUAGGUAAAACGCUGAGUUGGCUCUUUGUGAGCUAGCUGACGUAUGCUCGUUGAGUUGGACUGAGACGAUUGUUUCGCGAAACAACGGUCUUUUCUCUUUUCUCACCCUCUCUUAUUCACAUCAGCAAAAAAAAUUUAUGUGACAUUGCAUGAGACGACUACUAUACUUUUAUAGAACCGAUUAGUAAUUCAGUUAAGAUUUUUUUGUUUUUGUUUAGACACGUACUUUCCUCCAUUCCAAAAUACAGAUCGUUUUAGUUUUUCUAGAUACAUAAAUUUUACUAUGUAUCUAGACAUAAUACUAUAUAUAGAUGCUAUGUAUUAAGAAAAACCAAAACGACAUACGGAGGGAGUUACAAUCCCUAACCAACCGACUGCUCCCUGUCUCCUCCAAAUUUGGGAUUCUCGACCACACAGUGGCGGAGUUGCCACAUCUCCAUCCCCAACCCCACCUCUCUCCUUCCAUGCAUCUGCAGCUGCAGCAGUCACAGGUAAGCACAGCCCUAGAACGAUUAGAUUAACGAGAGGUAUCAAUCCCUAUCGCCAUCUCUAUCUCCCAUUGCCCAUGCACCAGUAAACCAAGCACUGGAAUGUGAAAGGAAAAAAGGGCUUGUGAGCCAAGGGAGAAACAGGGGAGGGAGAGAGAAAAAAAAGAAUAGGAAGGCAUGAGCUGCGGCUGACACCACGGACGGCCGCCUGCACCAGCAUCAGCAUCAGCCGCGACCGAAAUCGAAAAGAAUUGAGAAGAUCCGAGACCCAGUCCGAGGAGAAGGGCCGCGCACAAAAAAUUAUUUCCUUUUUUCCCUGUUUGUUCGCUUCCUGGCUGGAGCUUCCUGCCGGGAAGGAUGACUGCUUUAGUGGAUUUGGAUCUCAACUGCCGUCCGUCGUCGCCGGAGCCCGCCGUGGCGGAGGAGACCCGGCGGGCAAUGCUCCGUCAAGAACAGUCCUUCCCUGACCAGAUGAACGACCCGCAUAAGUUUUAUGGAUCCUUCUGGAAGCAAUCCAGUAGUGCACAGAGUAGCCUUCAUUCCACUCAUGAGCAUAAGGUGAUGAAUUUGGGUUCGUGGGCCAAUCAAAACCAAGAAGAUUUCACCAAUUCCGAUAAGCACAAAUCGCCGUCCAAUAUCGCGCAACAGAACUCAGAUGUUAGGGCUUCAAUUUGGAGAAAGACUUAUGCUUAUAACGGUGUGAUUGACUUGGAGAAGCCAUGCACUUCUGGUGAUGCGGUGGGGGAUGUUGGUUGCUCUGGCUUCGGCAACCUUUCCAACCAAAAUGGGAGGUCUCGGGAUGGUUCAUGCUGCAUUUCACCAGAGAAUAGCUCACUUGUAGAGUCUGCUCAGUUGUGCAGAGCUUGGAAUUCGUCACGUUUAAGCCCAGGUUCAGUUGGAUCUAGUGACACUCCAGAUUGCCAGUCCCCUAUCAAAAAAAGUGAAACUGAAUCAAGGCAUUCACUGAUUGACCUGAAUGUUCCCCAAGAAGAAAGCCUUCCUGUGUCUUCUGCUCUUUUUCAUUCUUCCUCGACAUAUCCUGGAAAAACUUCAAAAAGUCCUACAGAAGUUUCUGAAGCAGAAUGUGGCUCUGGUAUUGGAUCAAUGAGGGGAUCUUCUAUCACAGUGAUCACACCCAACUCAGUUGCAGACAGUUCAAGGGAUGUGGUAGCCGAAUCCUCAGUUCAACGGAAGGGCCUUUUUGACCUAAAUGUGUCACUUGAAAGUAUUGACAUGCCAUCAGAAACAAUUAGCGGUUACAGAGAUAAGGUAGUAAAUAAUGAUGUAAGUAAAGGAACUGCAUCCAACCAUUCUUUCUCCAGGAAAAAUAGCCUGCAAGCAGAAACUUCCAGCAAAUAUUUGGUCCAUGGAAAUGAUCAUAUGUUGGCAAGCAAGGAUGACAAUAACGUGCUCCUCCCAACCUCAACAAAUAAUGGUAUCAAUAAGGCUCAGAUGCCAGAAUCUGGAAUCGUUAACAAGGAACUUUUAAUCCCUGAAUCUCCUCUAGCUGACAAUAAUGUCCCAAGACUGUCUAUAUCCCACAAUCGAGCAUCAAAUCUUCAGGAGGUUAGCAUGCUUCAAGCUAAGGCCCAUGACGAUGACACAACAGCUUCUAUUGCAGCUAGAACGCUUCUUUCCAUUUUUCAGCAUAAUUCUGCAGACACUGCAUAUUGCCCCGGAAGCAGCAGUCAGACAGCAGCUCAGAAUGGAAACAAUGAGCCUCAGCCCUCAUUGGACUCUUUCGAGAAAAUUGUGUUGAGUUUAGACGAGAUCAAAGAUGAUGGCCAAUCUGUAUAUCUGGCACCAUCAGAUAAGGAAGGACCAGCAUGUGGGAUCAAACUGAAGAGAGGAAGAGGGAUGAGAAAUUUUCAGAGGGAGAUAAUGCCUGGGCUUGUGUCUCUAGCAAGGCAAGAAAUAUGCGAGGACUUGGAAGCUAUAGGUUAUGAGCCAAAGAAGACUCGGUCUCGAAAAACACGCAAGCGUCAAGGUGCAUCCUCAACUCGUUCAAGGCCGCGCAAGCGUGGCUCUGCUGCCAGGAACUGACCAAGAGCAUCUGCAUUCCAGGACAGGUUCUUACAAAGCAGGCAAUUCAGAAAUCAGAACACGAGAGCUGAUUCUAACUAUGUGAAUAUUCGUGUGUAUUGAGCCUAGUUCCAAACCUCUUUUCUUGCUGGCCAUAUUUAGCUGUUAGGCUGGGAUGUUCUUUGCUUUGUUUCCUUAUUACUCUUUAACUCUUUGAAGUGAUCAGGAUGUUUAUUGGAGCUUCUUUUGGGGCUUUAUAUUUGUGUUUAACAACGAAGGCAUAGUGACAUUGUCACAAUGGUCAGUCUCAUAA